AUGGAGCAGAGUGUGCAGCAGCAAGGGCCAACACUCUCAGGCGAGGGUACCUACUCAUCCCGAGGGAGGACAUUGCUUGGCACUGCGGUCAGGGUGGAUGCCAAGUCCUGGAGGCCUUCCCGGAGCAGAUGGACUGACCCUGACAUCAGGAUCUUCCUGCAGGAGUGGGAAGUGGUAGAAGCGGAAAUAGGCCACCCAGGCAGAAAAAUUCACAAGAAGACCAGGGCUCUUUGCCAGCGACUCUUUCACAGGGGCCUGAAGAAGUCAUGGCAAAGCUGUUUCGACCUGCUGGUCAGUCUGCAGUAUCUGCACAGGAAACUAUGUAGCGAGAGACCCAGGACAGAACCCUUGUUUUCUCCGUAUGCCGAGGCCCUGUAUAGGAUCCUGGGCCAUAGACCCCAGGGAAGCUAUUUCCCAGGCGAGGGUACCUACUCAUCCCGAGGGAGGACAUUGCUUGGCACUGCGGUCAGGGUGGAUGCCAAGUCCUGGAGGCCUUCCCGGAGCAGAUGGACUGACCCUGACAUCAGGAUCUUCCUGCAGGAGUGGGAAGUGGUAGAAGCGGAAAUAGGCCACCCAGGCAGAAAAAUUCACAAGAAGACCAGGGCUCUUUGCCAGCGACUCUUUCACAGGGGCCUGAAGAAGUCAUGGCAAAGCUGUUUCGACCUGCUGGUCAGUCUGCAGUAUCUGCACAGGAAACUAUGUAGCGAGAGACCCAGGACAGAACCCUUGUUUUCUCCGUAUGCCGAGGCCCUGUAUAGGAUCCUGGGCCAUAGACCCCAGGGAAGCUAUUUCCCAGGGCCUCCCAAAUAUGGAGCUGGUUACCCCCUGUAUCCGAUGGACCCUCAACUUCCAAUGGUGAUACCAUCUGCCCCCCACUGCUCGGCUCAGGCACUCCAGCUGCUCAAGGUGACUGCUCCAAAGUUUCUCUCUUUUGCCUACGAGGUCCUUGCAGGGCCUUCUCGGAGCAGAUGGACUGACCCUGACAUCAGGAUCUUCCUGCAGGAGUGGGAAGUAGUAGAAGUGGAAAUAGGCCACCCAGGCAGAAAAAUUCACAAGAAGACCAGGGCUCUUUGCCAGCGACUCUUUCACAGGGGCCUGAAGAAGUCAUGGCAAAGCUGUUUCGACCUGCUGUGUUAG